UCCUGGUAAUGUUUUGUUGAGUGCGUGGUGUAUGCAUGAGGGAGUGAGAGAGAGAGAAAACGUGGUCUCGGAGAAGCCUAGCAUUUUAGCUAGUUUGAAAGUGUGAAUGUGUGAGUGAAGUGUUAUACAAGCUCAGAUAUUUAGUAUUAUUUAUUUUUGUAUGUAGUCAAGUUUGCCAGAAAAGGAGAAGGUUGCAAAGGCACAAUUUGAUAAAAGGCAGCUUCUUACGUUUGUGGUCAUAAUAGUGUUCAAAAUGUCCAUGGGCGGCCAGAAGACCACCAGUCAGGCAAUUCCGACCAUCAGACGAGUUGCAAUCAACGAUGCGGCCCAUAUGCCUCAUGAUUACUCUACAACGCCUGGAGGGACCCUGUUUAGCACGACUCCCGGAGGCACCAGGAUAAUUUAUGAUCGGAAGUUCCUGCUGGACUGUCGCAGCUCCCCAUUAGCCCGCACACCACCCUGUUGCCUUCCUGACAUUCCAGGGGUGACCAGUCCCCCCUUGGUCACCAUGAAAAAUGAUAAGGCCUCCUCCCAACAGCCUGUCAUCAAUAACAUCAGCCCCCCUGCAGACAAGAACGCAGGUGAAGAUGCCCAGUUUGAAAUGGAUAUCUAAUUGCAUAGAGGACCUGCUAAGUGAAGGUGACAACUGUAAUGAAUAUUACUGUGAUAACUGUUCCCUAAGAGGAUAAAUGCACAGAAUAUUUCUCCUUCCAUGUCAUCUGUCUUUUGCCAUUGUCUAGUGUUCAGUUGGUAUUUUCUUUACCUGUAUUGAUGCUGUCGCUCAAGACAUGCUCAAGCCAUUACUUUUGAUUCUCUACAUCAGCAAACACUGUUGUGCCUGAAAGAGCAUCUCGGAUGUCAGAUUAGUGCAUCCAGAGCACAUUGAUGCAGGCAAUCCUGCCCAGCUCUACUUCUGCCUAAGACAUGGGGGACACCUUAAAGGCUGCCUUGUGACAUUGUUUGUUUGAUACAGAUUGUUUGUAUAGUUUUGCAAAUGACCAGUAGGGGGAGCAACAGUUUCUUGAUUGUUUUCUCAUCAAGAGUCAUUAUGGAGGAAAUCCAGACAAACUCCAAUGCCAACUCCUAUAAAUUUAGCAUACCAUGAAAAUUGACCACUUUCCAUUUGGCAUUGAUACUUUACUUUGUAACAGUAAAAUACGGAUAAUUUCUGUUUUACUUAUUUUCACCUAAAGUGUCAUUCAACAGAAUGUAAAAUGCCUUUUCUUCUGUGAAAUUCUCUAAACUGCCCUGUUAUUCCUGAAGUGACAUAAGCAUUAAAAAAAUUCAAUGAACACCAGAGAA